CCCAGACCGAGACCGCGGAGCCUAGUGUUAUGGCGGCGUGGUGAGCCAGGACGCCAGCACACCAUUAACAUCAAUUACUUCCUUUCCCUUCUCUGGAGUGGCCUGUAAGAGGCAGAGAGCAGCGGCAAGAUGUCUAUGUCAGGGGCCGAGUACCUUGCCUCCAUCUAUGGCACAGAGAAGGACAAGGUGAACUGCUCCUUCUACAUCAAGACUGGAGCAUGCCGGCACAGUGAGAGAUGCUCCAGGAAGCACAACAAGCCACAGUACAGUCAAACAGUGGUGAUGCAGAACAUGUACGUGAGUCAGCAGAACUCAGCCAAGUCAGCGGACGGCUCCCACCUGGCCAACAUGAGUGACCACGAGAUCCAGGAGCAGUUUGAGUAUUUCUUUGAGGACGUGUUCUUUGAGUGUGAGGACAAGUACGGCGAGAUUGAGGAGAUGUGCGUCUGUGACAACCAGUGUGACCACCUGCGAGGGAACGUCUACAUCAAGUUCCGACGCGAGGAGGAUGCUGUCAAGGCCGCCGAGGAUCUCAACAACCGCUGGUACAUGUUCCGCCCCAUCUACUGUGACCUCUGUCCCGUCGCCGACUUCCGAGAGGCCUGCUGCCGCCAGUUUGAGAUGGGGCAGUGUGGCAAGGGGGGAUUCUGCAACUUCUGGCAUGUCAAGCCCAUCUCACACCACCUCAAGAACCUGCUAGCACGUUCCUCCCGCUCCCGCUACCGUCACCGCACUCGAUCCCGUUCCAGGUCCAGGGAGAGGUACACUGAAAAGUAUGAAGGCAAGCACGAGGGCAAGCACCGCCGCAGGUCCCGCUCUCGUUCCAGGGACAGGGACCGCCGUGACCGCAGGGGACGGUACUGAGGAACGGCCUAGCAGGACUUGUCUGGUGCCAGCAGGAGCCAGUGGUGAGACAACCACACUCGGGUACUGGCUGGGUGUGCUUGGAGAAUGUAAAGUGACUUAUAUGCAUCUAAUCAAUGACAUUUUCCUUCAUAAUAUUUCAUGAUAAUGUCUCCAUUAUUCAAGGCAUACCUAGUGAUUUUUUUCUGUUGUUUUGAGCAGAUCAUGGAGUAUGCUAGAAUAGGCAAUCAUACUUUUGUGUAGACACAAAGUAUUUUUUGUUAAGGCCUUUCAAGGUAAAGUGGAAGAAAUCUUGUGACAGCACAAUAUUUUACAAGUUCAUAUAAAAUUUACUUGCAGGUUUUGAGUUUCAUUAGGUGAGCUAGAUAAGUUAUCUAAGGAGUGUCAGUGCCUACAGAAGCAGAAAUUUGAUGGUGUGAUUUUGCUCUUAGUUAUAUUCACACAUAGUAUGUAGUAACAGAUAGAAAGUAAAGAUCUUAGACUAAACUGGGAAGUCAAAACCUACUGUGACACAGUGACACUGUGCUUGGGAUUUAUAUUCCGCUGACUUCCAUUCGGUAUUGCAUGCUUACUUCAGUUCAAAGUUUUGUUGAAUUGAGUCAGUAUCACUGAAAUAUUGUUGCUAAAAUGUCAUUUGUAUUUCUAUUUUUUUCGUACUUUACUGUAGUAAUUGUCUUUUCUAAAUGUAGGGUUUAAUUCCAUGUGCAUUUUUGUAACAGCAGAGUAAAGUACUAUAAAAACAUACUGCUGAAUGUAAGAACAUCAACCAAUCCCUUGAAAGUUUGAGAAGUAAGUGACAGCUUGUGUAAUGUUGUUCAGUAUUACCCAAGCAUUGCUGGUAUGAAUGACACCUCUGCUGUAUAUGCCAAACUGCAAAGUGGGUUAAGGAACAUUGUGCAUAUAUAUACAUAAGUACAAAUUUUUGUGUACAUGAAUCUGCCAUUCACGAACAUGCUGCUUGAUGUAACCAGACAUACCAAGUGAAAAAUAUAUGUUGUCACCUUUAGAAAA